UAGCUAGAGAGAGAGAGAGACAGAGAGAGAGAUAUGAGAAAGAACACUUGUUCAAAAUUAGGUCAAGUGAUCAUUGUUGUUGUUCUAAUUUACCGUACUGAAGCUGCGCUUCGUCUUCCUCAUGAACCACUUUUAAUCACCGGAAGGAGAAUGAUGGCAUAUAAUCAGAAUGCUAUCAUCGGAACUCCACCAUCACAAAGUCAACCUGGUGGUAGAAAAGGGCCGGGGAAGAUUGAUGAUUCAAAUAAGCCACAUAUGUACAUAGGCGCAGGAUCAUCAUCUGGUGGUGUUUCUCCCUAGUUUUUGGCUCACUGCAUAUUAUCCUUUUCCAAUAAUAAAAAGGCAGUACGUAGGCUUUGAAAAAUAACAAGGAUAUAUAUAUGAAGUUAAUAUUUCGUUUCUAUUUCCAAUUGUAAGGCUUUCCAAGGUCGCAAAGACUGUAUAAUCUAUGUUUCUGUAGCAUAUUUGGUAUUUUAAAAGACUUAUAAUUCAAAAGUAAA